UCACUUCCCCAAACCCUUCGUCUUCUUCCGUGACCAUUUCUCUCGACGAGAACGUUCUUCUCUCUCUGCCUCUCUCUCUCUCUGCAGUCACUCUCUCUCCUCCACCGCUCUCCAAAAUGCGUGAGAUUCUCCACAUCCAGGGAGGCCAGUGCGGCAACCAGAUCGGCGCCAAGUUCUGGGAGGUCGUCUGCGCCGAGCACGGCAUCGACUCCACCGGCCGAUACCAGGGCGACAACGAGCUCCAGCUCGAGCGCGUCAAUGUCUACUACAACGAGGCCAGUUGUGGGAGGUUUGUCCCACGCGCCGUCCUCAUGGAUCUCGAGCCGGGAACCAUGGACAGCGUCAGAUCUGGGCCAUACGGCCAGAUUUUCCGCCCGGAUAACUUCGUUUUCGGCCAGUCCGGCGCCGGAAACAACUGGGCCAAGGGUCACUACACCGAAGGCGCCGAGUUGAUCGACUCCGUUCUCGACGUCGUCAGGAAGGAGGCCGAGAACUGUGAUUGCUUGCAAGGAUUUCAGGUUUGUCACUCUUUGGGAGGCGGGACUGGGUCCGGAAUGGGAACUCUUCUCAUUUCCAAGAUCCGAGAGGAGUAUCCGGACCGAAUGAUGCUCACAUUCUCCGUGUUUCCGUCGCCAAAGGUGUCUGACACCGUCGUUGAGCCAUACAAUGCAACUCUCUCUGUUCACCAGCUUGUUGAAAAUGCAGAUGAGUGUAUGGUUUUGGACAACGAAGCUCUCUACGACAUUUGCUUCCGGACACUGAAGCUCACUACUCCCAGCUUUGGCGACCUCAAUCAUCUUAUUUCUGCUACCAUGAGCGGCGUAACUUGCUGCCUUCGUUUCCCUGGUCAACUCAACUCAGAUCUUCGCAAGCUUGCUGUUAAUCUCAUCCCAUUCCCCCGACUGCACUUCUUCAUGGUUGGGUUUGCUCCCCUCACAUCCCGUGGAUCACAGCAGUACAGGGCCCUUACUGUUCCAGAGCUCACUCAACAGAUGUGGGAUGCAAAGAACAUGAUGUGCGCCGCUGAUCCACGUCAUGGACGGUAUUUGACUGCUUCAGCCAUGUUCCGUGGCAAGAUGAGCACCAAGGAAGUUGACGAACAGAUGAUCAAUGUGCAAAACAAGAACUCAUCCUAUUUUGUUGAGUGGAUCCCAAACAAUGUCAAGUCCACUGUUUGUGAUAUUCCACCAACCGGUCUGAAGAUGGCCUCGACCUUCAUUGGCAACUCCACCUCCAUUCAGGAAAUGUUCAGGAGGGUGAGUGAGCAGUUCACUGCUAUGUUCCGAAGAAAGGCUUUCUUGCAUUGGUACACUGGAGAGGGAAUGGAUGAGAUGGAGUUCACCGAGGCAGAGAGCAACAUGAACGACCUCGUUUCAGAGUACCAGCAGUACCAGGAUGCUACAGCCGAUGAGGAGGGGUACGACUAUGAAGAAGAGGAGGAAGUUCAGGAGGAGGCUUGAUCUCGGAUCUUGAUUCUCAUCUGUUCUCUGUUUUGCUUCAGUUAUGUUGUGGAUUUAAUUAUGGUUUUGUUUCUUAAUUCCUUAUUUGGGGUUUGGAUUGCUGGAUUCUCGUCAGUUCUUCGGCCAUUAUUCACCUGUUUGGUUUUUUUUCAUUUUUCUUAGUUUUUAGAUGGUAGCAGUUCAGUGGUCUGAAAAUAUGUUUAUUGAAUCUGUUAAUCGAGUCUGUGAUAUGAGGUUGGUGUUAAGUAAACAUUGUGAUGAUUAAAAGUGCAUUUUGUUUGAUGGUUGAUUUA